CAUUCGUUUCGUUACUUUGUUAGUCAAACUAUUCACAUACACAAGUCGGAUGGCAUAGUACAGUGCUCAAGAAAUCAUUUUUAAUCCACAAUGUAGGAAUUACGACGGAGAGAAAUCUAUCCAUCAACACCUUAACUCAAAAUUAGUUGUGAUAAAAACUGCCUUAUGAUGCCAUUUUCAGUAACCAAAAUUCUUGUCGUCGCAGUUAUUGUUAUAUUGUCAGUUGCCAUCGGUAACAUUAGCACUUUUAUUAAAGUUCAUUUUGAACCUUCAAACUACAUAACCUUGAAACAUUCCAAAGGCUCAAGCCCAAAUCUUACCUCAAAUUUACAAAUGAAAAGAAUUUCUACAUCAUAUGAAGAUCUUAUUUGGUUUGUUCAAAUUUCUGACAUUCACAUAAGCAUGUUUAGAGCCAUGGACAGGAUCUCGGAGCUGGAAGAGUUCUGUAACAUAACAUUGGAUGCUAUUAAACCUGCAGUUGUUCUUGCUUCAGGUGACCUAACAGAUGCGAAAAGCGUUGAUACAUUGGGCUCCCAACAGUAUGAAGAUGAGUGGAAGUUGUAUCGUAACGCUCUAGACAAAUGUCAAGUAGCCAAAAAGACAGUUUGGUUAGAUGUCCGUGGAAAUCAUGACAACUUCAAUGUCCGAGGACCUACAGCCAAAGAGAACUACUACCGGAACUACUCAAUGCAAGGUGCUGCCAACCCUCGUUCUUAUCUUCACACUGUUCGCACAGAAAGUGGCAAGGUAUUUUCAUUUAUCGCCUUGGACGCUUGUCUGGAUCCUGGACCUAAGAGACCAUUCAAUUUCUUCGGGCUGGUGAAUGAGCGUGAGACAGAACACUUGAAGUCACUAGUACGUAAGGCAGCAGAGGCGGGCAGCGCUCACAGUGUAUGGUUCGGGCACUACCCCACUUCCUGCAUCCUCUCUGCAGAUCAAGGGGUGCGCUUGUUGAUUGCGAGUGACCCGCAAGUGCAGGCCUACCUCUGUGGUCAUCUCCACACUCUGGGAGGUGUGACUCCUCACAUGUACACACUCCAGCAGGCAGGAUUCCUGGAGCUGGAGCUGGCCGACUGGAAAGAUAGUCGAGUAUAUCGGGUGGCAGCUAUAGACCAUGGGCUGUUCAGCUUCAUUGAUGUACGUCACAGGGAGUGGCCUAUUGCAUUAGUCACAAACCCCAAACAUGCUCUUUUCUACGUACCAGGGAGAGAACCUGAACACAUCUCUGCCUCAUCUACUCAUGUCAGGGUUCUAGCAUUUUCAACAGCAGAAAUAACAAGUGUUAAGAUGAAAAUAGAUGAAGAAGAAUGGCAAACUUGUUAUCAUAUAAAGGGCCCUUUGUAUGUAAAUAGUUGGGACCCUAAAUUGUACUUAAAGGGCCUUCAUCAUAUUAAGGUGGAAGUGUCGGAUGGAGCAGGCAGAACGAGCUUGUACGAACAGCCAUUCUCUUUGGACGGAACAAGACCCAAUUAUUUAAUCUUCCCCAGGAUUCUUCUUAUGAUGAACAUGACAACUAUUUUGCAGGUGCUGUUUGGUAUAUAG